UGCAGGCCUUCCUCAGUCUGGCUGAGUCCAAACUAAAGUCCUGGAUCAUCAAAUACGGUCAACAGGAAUCUGUGGAACUGAUGCUUCACAGCUAUAUCUCAUUCGUGGAGAAGCAGCGUUUCUUUGAAAACUAUGAGAUGUUGUUCCAGUCUCUGAAACUGUCUGCAGAGGCCUAUGUGAAUGCUGACAGCUCAGUGGAUGAAGGCGAGAUGGGAGUGCGCAGGUUCAUGCGGGAGGUAGUGACUCAGUGGAGGAGCCUGUCCAUGGAAGUGCGCAGCGUAAGGAGCAUGUUGGAGGAAGUGCUGUCCAACUGGGAGAGGUACACCUCCACUGUGGCCUCUUUGCAGGCCUGGCUGGAAGAUGCAGAGGAAGCCCUGAGCCAGCCAGAAAACACAAAACGGGAGUUUUUCAGGGAUCUCAGCCACUGGAUGGAUCAGCAUGCAGCCAUGAACGAUGCAGGGAAUUUUCUUAUUGAAACGUGUGACGAGACAGUGUCACUUGAUCUCAAGCAGCAGCUACUCAUUUUAAACGGGCGAUGGAGAGACCUCUUCCUCAAAGUCAAACAAUAUGCCCAUUCAGAUGAGUUGGAGAAGUGGAGAAAAGAACACUUGAAGGCUAUUUGGGCCUUGAAAGAGCUGCUGGACACUGCCGAAGCCAAACUCAAUGCUCCUGUUCAAGUCUCUUUCCUCAGUGUUAGGGCUUUUCUUCAGGAUGUGGAGAAUACCAAGCAAAAGGUUGUCGCUAUGGAGACACAAUACAAGUUGGCUGCCCGCAGCGCUCAGCUCCUUGCCAAGGAUGCUCCACAGGAUGAGGCAACCAGGGUCAUGGCAACUAUGGCAACAGUCAAAGGUCAACUAAGCAAGGUGAGAGAGCGGUGCCCAUCUCUGAUGCGGGAGUGUCAUGCCUUUCUGCCGCUGUUGGAGGAGAUGGAGAAACACAUCAACACUUUUUACCAGGCCUUGGAGCGAGCGAGUCGCAUCACUUCUGCUGCGAGAGACCCAGAGUCACAGGCACAAGCCCAGCAAAAAUACAAGUGGCAGGAUUUGUUAAACCAUCAGCAAAGCUGUAAACGAUGUUUAUCGGUGAUUGAGAGGAACCACCACUCCCUGCAGAGGGCGCUCUCCACCAGUAAGGUGCUCAAGAACUUCGACAUAUCGUUGCUGCAAAAGAGAGUUGUUGAAAUUCAGGGCUCGGCACAGGCUUUGCUAAAGGAGGUUGGGGAAUGGAGAAGGCAGGAAGAGGCCAACAACUCCCUGAGGAGGAGAUUUGAGGAAUCACGACAAGAGCUGGAGAGAGUGCUGAAGAAAGCUCAGGGCUGCUUGAGAGAGACUGGAGAUGCUGAGGAAUUAUUAAAGAAACACACUGAUUUCUUUGGACAACUGGACCAGCGGGUGCUGAGUGUGUUUUUGAAAGCGUGUGAUGAGCUCACGGACAUCCUGCCACAGGAGGAGCAACAGGGGCUGCAGGAAACUGUCCGCAGGCUGCACAAACUCUGGAAGGACAUGCAGAGCGAGGUACCAUCUCACCUACUCCGUCUCAAGGUGGAUGUGGAGCGAAGCCGAGUUGCUGUGAUCCUGCAAGACUGCAGAGCAGAGCUGCACAGAGAAAUGCAAGCCCUGUCUGGCACCUGCACCAGCGAGCGAGUGAUCAAAGAGCACAGAACUUUCUUCAGGGAGCGCAAACCUUUAAUUCAGAGCGAGAGGAGGAUUAGAAACAUGGAGGAUCUGUGUUACAAGUUGCCUGACAACGACCAAGCUUAUCGAAUACUUGACUGCACUAGAAGGGCCGUAGAAGAGGUUACAGAGCAGAUAAAGAGCACCCACCUCAAGCUGGAGCAGCACCCUGAUAAAUGGAAAGAGUGGAAUGAGAGGUUCUGCGAGCUUUCUGAUUGGCUCUCAUCUCAAAAAAGGCAAAUGAGGCUCUUAAGAGGAACAGCAAUAACUUCCAGUCAUCAGGAGCAGCUUGAUGCUGCUGUUCAGGCACUACAGGAAGCAGUGGACACUCGAGAGGAGAGUCUGCUGUGGCUCAAGAGCCGCCUUGCUGUGCUGUCUGAAGUUAGCUCUGAAGUGGAAGUCCAAAGGCAAAGAGCAGCCUUGGCUAAACUCUCAACUGACCUGCGGGCAGUUUACUCUUCACUCUGUCAGCUGGGUGAUGAGGGCUCUGCCAUGUUCCAGUAUGAGGAGCUGAGGGACGAGAUUCAUGGUGCUCUGGAGGAGGUUCUGAGGGCCCGAAAAGAGGCUGAGGAGCAGAUAGGCAGAAUUCUGGAUGCUGAGGGUUUGGAGGAAGCCAAACAACUUUACCUUAUUCACCAGCAACAUCUAAAGCACCUGCAUGCUAACAGGAGAGAGGCAGAGCUUCUGGUGUCCCACUGCCGCCAGCUGCAGAAAGGGGAGGGGCUCAGUCAAUCUCUACGGGAGCUGGAAGGAGCUUUCAGUGAGGCUGACCACAAAUCAGGGGCAAAGGAGCAAAAUCUGCAGGCAACGCUGAGCUCCUGGGAAAGUUUUGAAGCAGAAAGAGAAACAGUUUGGAGGUUCAUCAGCAAUACUGACAAUGAAUUGCACAAGGAACUCCUUUUCAACUGCUUGGACAGCCUGAAAAUUGAACUGAAGCAUAACAAGGAACUCUUCACGGAGGUCGAGGAGUACUCUAUACGUGCAGAUCUCCUCUCAGAGAAAGCAGAAGACAUUCAGCUUGGUCCGAAGACUCAGACUCUUCUCCUGCAGCAGGCGCAGUCCACCAGAGAAGCAAUCGCACAACUUCAAGACCACCUCAACAAGAAUGUUGUCCAGCUGGAGAUGAUAUUUGUGUGGUGGGAGCGCUUCAGCAGUGAAUCAGCGGCCUUCUUUCUUUGGAUCAAUCAGAAACAGAAGGAGCUGGAGGCUGUCAACAUUUUCUCCUCCUCUGAUCCUUUAGACAAACACAUCAGCGCUGUAGAGGCUGUGGGGGAAGCUUUAGAGGAGAGAAAGGCAGUUCUUGUCCUCAUGGAGGCCGACUGUGAGGCUCUGUCCAGGUUUGUGACUUCUGGAGAGGCCGGUCGCAUCCGGGCGCAACUUAACCAGACGAGACAAUACUGGGAAGAGCUGAAGGGGAGAGCAGAGCAGCUUGGCGUGCAGCUCAACCAGAGCGCCUCCUACAGGCAGAGAUGCAAUGAUAAUCUUGAACAGGUUAAGAAAACAGUUAGUGAUCUGAAUGAAAAACUGGACUGUCUGAUCACAUGCUGCGUAUCGUCAUUAGAGACCUACAAAGCCCUCCAGGAUCACAUUGAGGUCUGCCAGACUGUUGAGCUUCUGAAGCCCAGGCUUAUGGCCCUGUGUUCGGCCACAAAAAGGCUUGGAGAGGGCAGCCAGCUGGAGGAAGAAGUGGCUAACCUCCAGAAGCAGCAGAGAGAGUUAAUGGAAAAGGCUUCAGAAAAGAAAUCUAUGUUAGAGAGCCUUCUAGCUCUGUGGCAGAGAUAUGAAAAGGAAAAUUUGUCCAUGAAAAGCUGGCUGGACAGGUGUGAGUCUGUGUGCUGCCCAGACACCGAACUGCUCUCUGCAGAUAAAGUAAAGCUUAGGAAUGAAUUACAAAAUGUGCAGGAAAUGCAGGUAGAGACGGUGUCACACGAGACUCUCCUUCAGGGUCUCGUGAAUCUCGGGCUUUGCCUGUACCCCACGGCACCCGAAGCUCGUAUCCAGGAGCUCAGUGAUGAUCUCACACAACUACAGGAGAGAUGCGCUUCUGUGAAGAACAGCAUAUUACACAGGAUAAAGCGGUUGGAGCUGCAGUUGGAGCACUUGGAGCAGUUUGAUCAGGCACUGCUGCCCCUUACCCAGUGGAGUGAAAACUUCCUGUCUCUCUUGAGAAGCUCUUCCCAGGUUGAUAUUGCUGAUCUUGAGGCUGUGUUUAUUAAGCUGAAGGAGCAUGAGGCACAGCUACAGGAAAAUGCAUCACUGAGAGAGACUCUCCAUAAAAAAGAGUCCUUCCUGCUUUGCUCUUCCACCCCAGAGGCCCAAGAGCAGCUCCAGGCAUGGAGAGAGGACUGCCUGCAACCUCUCAGUGAAUCCCAACGUCUCCUGCUGCUUCGUAAAGAGUGCCUGACCGAGUUAAACACUUUCCUUGAGAAGCAUAAAAUGGCUGCUAAGGCCGUGCGUCGCCUUCAUGAGGCUGUGGAGGGCAGAGGGAGCUGGGACCCUUCCAAAGCUGAAGAGCUGCAUCGCGAAAUAGGAGAGGUGGCUAAAGAAGUGGCCCGACUUGAGGCUGAAGCUGUCGGGUUAGAUGGGCAGCUGAGCAAAGCACAUCUGCACCUGUGUGGAGCAGAGUGGAGGGGAUCUAAAGAUGCCAGCCAUCCUCAGGGAAGAACAUCUUGCAGAGGACAGGCGGUGGCCCUGACAAUGGCUCUGGAGGAGGUGCAGAGGGGUGUGGGGUGGAGACAAAGUGAAGCGGAUGCUUUAGGGGCUUUGUGGAGCUCCUUCAGAGAGAGAAGAGAAGAAGUGAUGAAGAAUUUGAAGAAACUGUUGGACGAUGCAAGACAGGAGGGCAUCAGAGAGAGCUCUGUACAGGCCUUUCACAACAGGAUGCGUUUCUUUGUCCAGCUGGAGGAUGAGCUCCAGUCCCUGCAGCACUCCCAACGGUGGUUAGAAGAAAAGGGAAACCAGCUGGCCCAGAGAGACAGUGAGCUGGCAGGAGAAGCGCUCAGGGAGGUAGCUCUGGUGAAGACAGCCUGGGAUAACGUCAGGAUGCUAAUCAUCAACAGUCAGGAACACAGUGGAGUUGUGUUAGAUCUUCUUCGCCAGUUCCACCACCUGAAGUCGAUCCUCACCACACUCAUGGAAAGCGCUCAGGCCGUCGCUCACAAUCUGCCCGACCACAACCACAGUGCUCAGGAAGCCAAAAGGACUUUCACGCAACAUAAAGCCAUAAAAGAUGAACUGAGAGAAAAACAGGAAGACAUGGACCAGCUCAUCAGGACGGUCGAGGACCUGCAGAGGGAGCUGGAGAAGGUUCCCAACUGUGAAAUGUCCUCCAUCCAGAGAGACACAGAGACACUUAGAGAGCAGUGGCUGGCGAUCGCAGAGAAAAUACAAACCAAUACAGAAAGAUUAGGCUACUGUGUGAAACUCUGGGAUGACCUCAAGGCCACGGAGCAGGACAUCAACCAGUGGACCAGUGGAUCCAUCGCUGAUCUAACCGACGCUGUUGCCAGUCUCAGUGACAAGGAGAAGACAGAGGCCCAGCUUGCGACCUUCCAGGAGGAGGUUGAAAAGAGGGAGCACGUGCUGGAUGUUUUGGAGGAGAGAGUGGCAGAUUUGAAGGCUCGAGCCAGACUGCAGGAAAUCCCAUUACAAAUGCAGGUCCUGCAGUCAGAUCUGAGGAAGAAAAUGGCCCAUGCUAAGGAGGUAUACAAUCAGGCCAAGCACACUCUGACCUACUUCAGUUUCCAGAAAGAGCGACUGGAGGACCUCAUGUCCCAGAUGGCCCAGCGGCUGGAGGCAGUCGAGGGUUCCUUAUCGGACCUCACCGAAACUACUUCCCCUGAAGACAUUGGCACUGUUAAGGACCUGCAGAGUGUCGUGCAGCAGCAGAGGGCAGACAUGGACUCGGCUAGAGAUGCCCUGACUGCUCUGUGCAGAUCGCAUCCCUCUGAGGAGCUGUCACGCCUCUCGUCUGAUCUCACCUCCAUUGCCAAACGAACCGAGACCGUUUCCCAACGCUGUGCCAAGACCAGAGGAAACCUGCAGGACGGUCUGCAGCUCCAUUUCAACGAGCUUGUCCAAGACUUCAAAUCCUGGCUAGCGAUUCUGAAGUUGGAGCUGAAAGAAUGCUCUAAUCAGUCAGGAGAUGUUGUCCUCUUAGGAGCCAAGUUACAAAGGUUAAAGGUAUCACUUCAGCGGAUUUCAGAGGGUGAGGAGCGCCUCUCUCAGGUUUGUAAAGAGGCUGGGAAACUCCAGCUCCACCUACCUAAAGCUGGAGCAGUGCAGGUUCAAGAGAACCUCUCUGCCUGCCAGCGAGAGUGGAGGAGCUUUCUGGAUGGUUGUUAUCAGAGCAAGCUGGACUUGGAGGAGAGCGUUGGCCUUCUGAAAAAUUUUGACGACUGCGUGCAGGGUAUAAGAGACUGGCUGAAGCAGAUGGAUCUCAGCCUUAAGGCUGAGCCAGUUCUUGGGGGAGAAAGCCAGCAAGGAGCCCCAGACACCACAGAAGAGCUGGAGAGGAUGGAGCAACUCCAUAAGGAACUGACAGAAAGAAGGGAAUCUAUUGAGCAACUCUGCCAGGAAGCCCAGGUUCUAUCUGAGGCAGGCCGGGGGUCAGGAGGAGAGGUCAGAGUAACAGGCCAGCUACAGAUGGAGCACCAGGCCCUACUGAAGGCAGCCAGGGAGAGGCUCAGAGGCUGCCAGGAGAGCCAGGCUUUUGGAGACACUCUCCAGGGGGUUUGGGCCUGGCUGGAGGAGAUCCAGGAGCGACUGGGUACAGUCGACAGCACGAUGGGGACCAAAGAGCAGUUAGAGCAAAGGCUGGAGACGGUGCAGGAUAUCCUGCUUUUGAAGGGAGAGGGUGAGGUCAAGUUAAAUAUGGCAAUGGGUAAAGGUGAGCUCGCCCUGCGCAGCUAUGGCGCCGCCGGACAGGAAGUGGUUCGCUCUCAGCUGCAGGAACUGGAGGACGCAUGGGCUACACUGCUUGUGACAGCCAUGAGUUGCCACAGUCGAUUAGAGUGGACUGUGUCUCAGUGGGGAGGAUACCUUGAGAGUGCUGCCCAACUGCGCUGCUGGAUGGAGGUUGUGGAGCGGGAGGUGUGCGCCCCUCUCACCCCUCAGCCAGGACCUAGAGAAAAAGCCUCACAGCUGGAGAGACUCCGUGCUCUGCUGGCUGAUCUAGAAGACCACCAGAUGGCGCUGUCCACACUGGAGGAAAAAGCCAGAGAACUCUUCAAGAAGACUGGUGAUGCCAGCUUUAACCAUGGUGCUCGCACCCAGCUGCAGGUGCAGUUUGACAACCUCACAGCUUUGGUGGAGGAGAGAGUACGUCUGGCACAGGCAGUGGUGUUGGAGCACCAGGACUACCUGGAGGCCGUUAGAGAGCUCACUGAUUGGCUAAUGACUGCAGGGGAGGAGCUACAGCACUGGUCUGACACAUCAGGAGACUCCACAUCCAUCAAAAAGAAACUGUCAGAAGUUAGGGAGCGCGUGGAGUGUCGACUUCUGGAGGGCCGCGACCGCCUCAGCCGGGUACGUCGCAGCGCGGCGUCCACAGCGGAACACACGGCAGCGGGAGGCUGCGAGGCCAUGGAUCGACAGCUGGGGGCGCUGUCCCACGCUCUGGAGCAAUGGGAAGGGGCCGCUCUGAGGGCCCGGGAUAGCUUGGAGGGGGCCCUGUCCGCUGCCGCGGCUUCCGAAGAGGAAUAUAACCGUCUGACCGCCCAGUUGGAGGAAGAGUUAAAAGUGUUUGAUGGACGUCUGAGGGGGUGGAGCCAGGAGCUGGUUAAAGCUGAAGGGCAGAGUAACGGCGAGGAGGCCGUGGAGGGAUGGCAGCUGGCUAAGGAUAUACUGGAGGGCUUGCAGAGCGCCGAGCCGAUGGCGGAGAAGUUGAAAGGCCAACUGAAUGACCUGGUGCGAUACUCCAGAGACCUCGGCUCACAGUCAGACCGGGUCACGGCGCUAAUCAAACAGCACAACAGUCUGAGUCUUCGUGUAUCCAGGGAAUGUCAAAAUAAGGAGCGCUUGUUGGAGCAAAGGUUUCGUGCAGCCCUUAGAGACUUCCAGCAGUGGCUGGUCAAUGCCAAAAUCAGCACUGCCAAAUGCUUUGAUGUGCCACAGACUGUCACAGAGGCCUCCUCUGCUUUGCAAAGGAUUCAGGAGUUCUUGAGUGACAGGGAGAAUGGCCAGGCCAGGCUUAGUACAGUAGGAGCCAGUGGGGAGCUGCUGAUGGCUGUAGUGUCCAAGGACAGGGUGGAGGGAAUCAAGGCCAAGGUGGCAAAUGCGAGAGAAGACUGGAAGAGCCUGAUGAAUAACCUGCAAAUGAGAGAAGAUGCUCUCAAGAACCUGCAGGCCCAGAUGACAGAGUUUGAGACCAGUGCUGAGCCUCUGCAGGAAUGGCUGAACAGCACAGAGGUCAGAGUUCAGGAGAGCAGUGCUCGCCUACAUGACCUUCCAGCCAAGAAGCAGGAGCUCAGCAAACUACAGUGUGUGCUGGAGGAGAUGGCGUGUCAGGAGGUAGAGCUGGGCAGGCUGAGGGAAAGAGCUCAUCGACUCUGGGAGGGACAAGCAGCCGGAAAGGGCUUCGUCCACAGAGUAUCUCAGCUGUCAGCACAAUACCUAGCCCUCAGCAACUUAACCAAGGACAAGGCAUCCAGGAUUGAGCGCAUUGUAGGGGAACACCGCCUUUUCUCUGAAGGACUGAAAGAGCUCCAGGACUGGGUGUGUGAGGCUCAGCGGGUCCUCAACACCUGCAUCUCCACCACUACAGACAAGGGCUUGUUGGAGGACCGGAUGUUACAACUUGAAGCCUUACUAACUGCCCGUCAGGAGAGGGAGAUCCAGCUAAAAAUGCUCUUGACGCGGGGAGAGGCAGUCCAGAGGAACACUUCAGCUGAGGGAGUCCCGGUGAUUCGCAAACAGAUCCAAGACCUCAAAGACUCGUGGGACUCACUGCUGUCUGCCUCAAUCCAGUGUAAAAGUCAGCUGGAAGGUGCUCUGUCGCAGUGGACCAGCUAUCAAGAGGACGUGGGUCAGUUUAUGCAGUGGAUGGAUCGGGUUGAAGAGACGCUUAGCUGCUCAGACAGACAAUACUCUGAGAUGAGAGACAAGACUGCUAACCUGGGAAAGACCAAGCUUCUCUAUGAGGAAGUACUGAGUCAUAGCAGUCCUCUGGAGACCAUUGCCACAAAGGGUUCCAAUAUGGCUGAACACUACACGACACAGCAGGAGGUGCAGCAGCUGCAGUGUAGAUACAACUCCCUCAAAGAAAAGGCUAAGAAUGCAGUCAGCAAGGCCAAGGAGCUGGUGCUGGUGCAUCAGGAGUAUCAAAGGGGGUUACAUGUGUUUGAGGACUGGCUGGAGAAGGAGCAGGCCUCUCUGGCCUCGUUGUCCCAUCCAGAGGGAAACGUGGAUACACUUGAGAAUACACUGCAGCAGCUACAGAACCUGCAGGAGCACUGUUCAAAUGGCCAAGCCUUACUCUCCGCUGUGCUCACCAGCAGAGAGAGAGUAAUCCCCUGGGGUAUACCUCAGAUCGAGGACCGAGCCCUGGACACCGCUCAGCGAGAGUGGGCGGCCUAUCAGGGCCGCCUAGAGGAGACUCAAGGCCAGCUGCACUCAAUGCUGACCCGACUGAGGCAGAUGGGACAUAAAUUCCUGAGCCUGGCACAGUGGCUGGAGGAGAUGGAGAGGGUAGCUAAUAUCAGAAGUAAUCGGAGGUCAGACGCAACCACCAAGCAGAUUCAGCUGAAGAAACUCCAGGGGUGUCUAGAGGCAGUGCUCACACGGCAGAGUGAAGUCGAUGGACUUUCAUCUUUAGCCCAGGAGGUUCUGGAGGAAACUUACAUCAGCAGUCGUAUCAGUGUUACGGCCACUCAGCUCACUGCCCGCUACCACUCCCUGCUGCUCAACAUACAGGACACCAUCAAACAGCUACAAGAGGAGCUGAGGAGCAUUGAAGAGACAGAGAAUCUUUGCAAGUCCUUCACAGAGUGGCUUGGCUCGACUCUGAAAAGCUUCACAGCAUUAACUGACACUUCUGAACCUCUAGACCAGGCGGCCAUGGAGAAGAAGAUGAAAAAACUAGAGAGUCUCCAGUCUGAGCUCCAGCACGGUCACAGCUUCCUGAAAUCACUUAGGGAGCGAGCAGAACAGGCGGCAGGCUUCCUGAAUGAAUCUGCAGCUGAAAGUUUAGGAGGAGAAGUAGAGGCGCGUCUUUCCCAGCUGGAGGAGUUAGCCGGAGGCCUCAGGCAGGAGCGCAGCUUCCUUGAGCGGGCAUUACUGCUAGCUAAGGAGUUCCAGGACCGGUACAAGGCUCAGGCUCAGUGGCUGGUGGAAACCAAGGCUUUGCUUCGUACGCCAGUGGAGCCCAAGGCUGAGCUGUAUCAACGCAGAGCACAGCUGACUAAGUAUAAGGCUCUGUUGCAGAUGGUUCAGUCCCAUGAUGGAGCCAUCAAGUCAGUGCUGGAAAAGGGCGACGCUCUACUUUCCUCUGUCCACUACCCCUCCAUUCGAGAUAAAAUUAGCAAACUACAAAAGGACUACACUGGACUUUGUAAUACUGCAUUGGCUCAUGUGGAGAAUUUGGAAGGCCAGGUGAAGGAACAGGAAGUUUACCACAACGAACUCCAGGAAGUGGAGCGCUGGUUGCUGCAGAUGUCCAGCAGGAUGGUGACCCCUGAUCCCAGUAUUAGCGGCAGCCUGGAGGCAGCCACUCAACAGCUGGCCAGACACAAGGCCAUCAUGGAGGAAAUUGCAGGGUUUGAGGAUCGCUUGGCAGGCCUGAAAGAGCGAGGAGACCACCUGAUGGAAGGCUGCAGUGACCGUGUGCAGAGCAGGCUGAGACAGCAGGUCCAGGCACACCAGCAAGGCACCAGAGACAGCUACUCUGCCAUCUGCAGCACAGCGCAGAGAGUGUAUCAGAGUCUGGAUCAUGAGUUACAGAGACAUGUGAGUCUGCAGGACACACUGCAGCAGUGCCAGACGUGGUUGAACUCUGUGUCAGAAGAGCCAGAGCCUCCUACACAUCCUUCUUUCAGCCUCGAGGAGGCUUUACAACAGGUGAAGCAGGAGCGGGCUCUGCAGGAGCAGGCUGGCACUUACCUCCAGCUUGUGUGCUCCACGUGUGACCUGUGUGAGCCGAGGGUGAGAGAGACCGCGGCAGCUAUCCAACAGGUCAAACUGCAGAUUGAGGAGCGUAUGCUGCUUUGUGAAGAGGUAGCCGACAGCUGGAGAGACAUCGAGGAGCAGAAGGCAGAUCUGGAGACCCAGCUAAUAGAGACAGAGCAGCAGCUUCAGAACCUCACCAGGAGACCUGCAGAGCUGGAGCCUAAGAUUGCACAGAACCAGCUGGACAAGGCCCAGGAGUUCCUGCAGCAGAUUAAGGAGAAACAAUCUGAGGUAACACGUCUGCAUGAAGCCAUCGGCAGGUUGAUGGACGGACAGGUCUCUCCUGCCCUGGAGGAGAUAAGGAGACUGAAGAAAAGCUGGAUGGACCUGGGCCAGCGGGCUGAAGAGCUGGAAGCCCUGCGGGGGGAGGACAUGCAGCGAAGUGGAGAGUACCAGGAGAGUGUUGUCGCUGUAGAGGAACUUUUCCAUCAAGUAUCCAGGGAAUGGGACUACCUUGCUAGGGCUGACACAGAGAGUACAAGUGAGCAUCUAGAGGCACUCAGGAAGCUCGCCAGUGACCUAGAGGAGCAAAGAGAAACUCUGGAAGACUUGAGGGACCAGAGACAAGCUAUCCUGCCUCGACUUAGCCUGCUAGACAAGGAGCUGGUCAAACAACAGGUGGGUCAUCUGGAGCAGCGCUGGGCACAGCUGGAAUCUCUGAUUCAGCAGAAGAUCCAGGACUCUGCACAGAUGCUAGAGGAUCUUGCCCGAGUGGAAAAUCAGCUGAGAGAUGCCAGAGAGUGGGUGGAGGAGCAGCGGCCUGCCCUCACCUCUGCCCUGAAAACCAGCCCACCCCCCGAUCUGGCCCAGAGUUUCCUGUUCGACCACCUGAGCGUAUGUGUAGAGCUGGAGGCCCGUCAGCAGCUGCUCGGUCAGGCAGUGAAGGAAGCUCAAGCUGUGGCUUCCAGGCUGGGACUGAGUGAAAAGAGACGCCUGCAGGAGCUCGUUGAACAAGCCCAGACUGAAGUGGAGGCUCUCGGGGCUCGGGUUGCCCAAAGGAGGAAGUACCUUAGUAAGGCCUUCACAGAGAGGACACAGUUCCUUCAAGGCCUGGGGAGAGCAUUGUCUUGGAUACAGCAACAGGAGAGGAAGGCCUUGAUAGAUGACCACAUAGCACUUCUUCCUGAGGACCUGGCAAAGCAGGUUGCUGGAUGUCGAGGUGUUCAGAGCAGCUUACGAGCUUAUCAGAGGGAGCUGGCAUCUCUCUGGGUACAAGGCCGCGAUCUGGAGAGAGAUGCCACUGACAAAGAGAGAGCAGAAACGCUGGCAAGACUUGAGGAGCUACAGUCUGCUUUUGAAACUGCUCUCCAGAAGACUACCCAGCGUCUUGCAGCCUUAGAGAAAGCCUUGACCUCCAGGAAGUACUUCCAGGUUGACCUAGACAAGACUUGUCAGUGGCUGAGACAAGCAGAUGACAUAACAUUUCCGGAAAUCAAUUUAAGCACUGCUGAUGAUAGCUCGGAUUUGCAGUCACAGCUUUCCAAUUAUCAAAAUGUCCUAGAACAAGCUUCCGAGUAUGAGAACCUCCUUCUUAUUGUCCAAAGAAUAGGUCAGGAGAUCCUCCCUACUCUGAAUGAGAUCGACCAUUGCUACCUGGAUGAGCGGCUCAAUGCCCUGCCACAGCAGUACAAUGCCAUCCUAGCUCUAGCCAAAGAGAAGAAAGACAGGGUCCAACAGAUUAUCCUAGAACGGAAAGAGUUCUGCACUUUCUUUGAUAUUACUCGUAAUGCACUGGAGGAGCUUCAGGAGCAGUUUGACAAUCUGGAGAAGCAGACUAUCAGUAUUGAAGAGGAGGAAGUUGUUAGUUUAGUUAAUGAAUACAGAAAUAUAAAUGAAAGUUUAGUCCAUAUUAGCCCUGCUGUUAGAGAACUGCACGGGAAAAAUGAGGGUUUCCUCAGUAAAGGUCAGCACUACAGAGCUGAGGAGACACAGCAGCUUGUGAGUCUCCACAACACACUGAAAAGGAGAAUUGAUCAGAAGAUCAAACACUUACAUGAUUGCUUGGAAAUACUAUCAAAACACAAAGUAGUUUUUUCCAAGUUAGACUCAGAGUUACAGUCUGCUAAAGAGGAGCUGGUGAAAUUGAAAUCAGACAAAGAAGUAAGUGCCAUAGAUAAAAUCUCAAGUCUUUAUUUACUGCUGGAAAAUCUGGAUGGAGUGAACUCUCAGGCUGAAGAAUGCAACCAACAGAUGGAAAACCUUUGUCUUACGACUGAUGCUGCUGCCUUUCAGGAAACUAGUCUGCAGCUCCAGUCGCUGCAGUAUUUACGAUGUGACGCUAAGCGUUACGUUGAAGAAAGCGAAACGACAGUCGCAAAAAAUGAAGACUUCACAAGAGCAGUUGAGAAAGUGUUCGAGUGGUUGAGGAUGGUUAAAGACAAAAUGAAUGAUCCUUUGACCUUUUCAGAGGUCAAAAUUGAGAGGAUACACGAGGAAGUGCGGAAACUGAAAAUCAAGGAGGAAGAAGUGAAAAGUAGACUGAGGGUUGUUGAUGUCUUGGGUGCACGAGAAAGGCUAAAGUACAAAAGCAGGAAAGCAACCGUUCCUUCCCAUGUAGAAGAGAAACUACAGGAGCUGGGAAGGCUGGGAGUGGAAGUCCAACAACGAAUUUGUGCAAAACAACUGGCUGUGGAUCAAGCGCUUUCCUUGGUCCAGAGGCACCACUUAUCUCUGCAGUCCAUGCAGAAAUGGCUAGACUCCGCUGCGGCUUUGCUUCAGAGGGCCACCACAGGGGUGGAGCUCGAAAACCAAGCAGACUGUGCACAGGAUCUGGAAGAAAUUUUAGCUAAGGAAAAAAACUUCAAAGCUGGUUUACAGGAGUUCGGGACUUUGGAUCCCUUGCUGGUGGAUUUUCUGGAGGCAGGAGUGAUGAGUGGGCUCAGAGAAAAAGUAAACACAAUGCAGCUAAGAAGCACCGAAGUCAAACAGCAAGUGGAUACUUACAGAGAAGUGUUGGAGAGAUGUGCAGCUCUGUGGAGCUCCUUCCAACGUGAGAAAGAGACCGUGGUUGAGCAAAUGAAUGAUUCAGAGGGCAGGAUGGCCAUGUUCACUACAGCUAAAGCUGUAAGCGCCCACCAAGCAGAAGACAAGUGUCAAAGAUACAAGUCGCUGGUGGCGCAUGUUGACCUGCUGGAAAUGCCUCUGAAUGCUUUGAAAGAAAGAGCAGCAGAGCUGGAGCAGUUAAUCUCUGAAUCCAGCAAAGCUAUCACCAGUCACGUUGUAUCGUCACUAUGGCAACGGUGGACCCGUCUCCGCAGUGUGGCCCGAGCCCAGGAGAGGGCACUGGAGGACACUGCUAGAGAGUGGAGGAACUUCAAUGAGAAAAUGGAGAAGGUACGAUCGGUGUCCAAAGACCUCCACGGUCGUGUUCCAGACAGCACGGUUGAGAAAGCAGCCACCAGGGCGGCGCUUCAGAGUCUCCUGGAGUACCACGACUCCUUCAGUCUGGAAGUGGAGAGGGAGCAGUCCAUACUGGCUCUGCUGGGGCAACAAAGUUGCAGUCUCAGGGGAGAGGAUGACAAGGUGGAAGUGAUGGAGAAAAGCACUGAGAACGGACACAAGGAGACGCUGUGCUCACAGGAGAUCCAGAGCAUGCAGGAGCAGUAUGACAGCCUUGUGUUGCAGGUGCGGGCUAGCAGGGCUCAGGUGCAUCAGGAGUUGAGGGAGAGAGAGGAGGUUGAGAAAGAGCUAGGCUUAGUCAAAGGCUGGAUCCAAGACACCCGGGGUUUAUUGUUGAGUCCCACUGCAGACCUGGAUUCACUGCUGCAAGAACUAGAGACGGCACACGGUGAGGUGAUCAGCAGACGUCAGAGUGUGGAGCGGAUGACAGAGCUGCAGCAAUCAAAGUACCAGGACCUCCAAGCUGGCCUGCCCUCUGAACUCAGCAUGCAGCUAGCUGAGGUGGCGCUGGCUCUCGGAUCUGCUGAGGAUCAGGUGCAGGCAAGGGAAAGGGAGGUGCAGCAGACCAGAGAUGUGAAAGAGGACUUCAGCUCCCGACUGCAGGACAUCGAGGCAAAGCUGAAGACCAUUGCUCUAAAAUUGGAAGACAAGGGUGCCGACCUGGAGGAGGCCAAAGAAGACACCAAAGCUCUUUCUGAGGAGUGUGAAUCCUGCGGUUGCUCUCUGGCAGAGUUGGGAGUGGCUGUGCAGGAGUUUGGGGAGCAGAACCCUCUCCUGUGUAAGCAGCUGGGUGAUGCUGUAGCCAAACUGACAGAGGUGCAGCACCACACCUCGCAGCAGGUCCAGGAUAGAGCCAACAGACUGAAGAAGGCAGAAAGACAGGUGGAGGAAUAUCAGGGCAUGAAGGCAUUCAUUUUGAGCUGGACAAAGAAAGCUGAGGCUCUGGUCACCGGUAAUAUCAUUUGGAGCUCUGCGUCCCAGCUGCAGGAUCAAAUUCGAGCACACCAGGCCUUACUGCGUGAGUGUCGAGGUCUCCAUGGUGACUUGGAGGCCAUGGGGGAGAGGGAGGUGCAGCUGGCGGAUGUGUUGCAGACAGAGAGGUGGAGCCAGCGGGUGAAACACCUCAGCAGACGCACAGAAGAGCUGCAGCAAACUGCCAAGACUCGCCUCCAGAGUCUGCAGGAUGCAGCUAAGGACAUGUUGCGUCUGGAAGCGGAGGUCAAGAGCCUCCAUGCUGCUGUAGAUCAGAUACAGGCCACACUUGCUUCCCCUGAACUUAACAAGCUCAGUCUCAGAGAGCAGUUGACACAGAGACAGCGUCUGCUGGUGGAAAUGGAGGGCUUUAAGCAGCAAGUAGCUGCUGUUCAGCAGUGUCAGAGCGCCCUCCGGCUGCCAGAGGAGGUAGUGGCCAGUCUGCCUAUCUGCCGCACAGCUCAGACUCUGCAGCAAGAAGCCAGCCAACUGCAACACACCACAAUCCAGCAGUGCAACAUCCUGCAGGAGGCCGUGGUGCAGUAUGAGCAGUAUGAACAGGAAGUGAAGAACCUCCAGAGAUUAAUUGAAGAAGCUCAUCGGAUCAUUCAGGACCGGCCCGUUUCCACUAAUAAUAUACAGGAACUUCAGGCUCAGAUACACCACCACGAGGAGUUAGCCCAGAAGAUCCGUGGCUACCAGGAGCAGAUCGCCUCGCUCCACUCCAAGUGCAAGAUGCUGACGGUGAAGGCCAAACACGCCACUAUGCUGCUGACGGUCAGCGAGGUGGAGGGCUUUUCAGAUGGCAUGGACGAACUGAGUGACGAGGAGCUUCCCAGCGCUGUGACAGACACCACCACAGCUGACGCCAAGCAGCUUCCAGCACACCCCUCUGUAGUCAUGGGUCGAGGUACACUAAGCCGAGUACCUCUGCAGGAACUGUACGACCCAUCUAUGGAAAGCAGUACUGCUAACUUGGACGACCUGCAGAGAUCCUGGGAAACGCUAAAGAAUGUGAUCAGUGAGAAACAGAAGAGCUUAUAUGAGGCUCUGGAGCGGCAGCAACACUAUCAGGAGUCCCUCCAAUCUAUUUCCACCAAGAUGGAGUCCAUCGAGGGGGCGCUGAAUGAGGGCUUAGAGCCCAACAAGACUCCAGAGAGCCAGAUGGCUGCACACCAGGCUUUGAUGGAUGAGAUCCUGAUGCUGCAGGAUGAGAUUGGUGAGCUACAGAUGUGCUUCUCUGAGGAGCUGGCAGAGAGUGAUGGGGAUGCUGGGGAACAGCUGGCCCUGCAGUCUACUCUCACUGUACUGGGAGAAAGGAUGGCCACCAUUCGAAUGAAGGCUUCGGGGAAACGGCAGCUGUUGGAGGAGAAACUAAGUGAACAACUGGAGGAGCAGCGACAGGAGCAGGCGCUGCAGCGAUACCACAGCGAGGCCGAGGAGCUCGACAAUUGGCUGCUCAGCACUCGCGCCACUCUCAGCUCUGCCCUUCAGCCCCAACAUGAAGACAUGGACAUGGAGGAGCAGCUCAUUGACUGUCAGAAUAUGCUGUAUGAGAUCGAACAGAAGGUGUCGUACCUAUCAGAGCUAUCCGUCCAUAGCGAGAGCUUGUUGUUGGAGGGCCGGGCUGAAACCAAAGGCGAGGCGGAGCAGCUCACACUGAAACUGCGCUCCCUCAAAGACAGCCUGCUAGAGCUGCAGCAGAUGCUGCAGGACAAACAAGUUGACAUACAGGGUUCACUGCAAGAGCAGGAGGACAGUGAGCCAGAUUCGUCUCUGUCCCAGAGUCCUAACGUUCAGGACUGGCUCUCUCAGGCCCGGUCAACACGCACGCAGCAGCAACACGACAACCUGCGUCGACAGAAGGAGCUUCAGGAGCACGUCGCUGAACAGAGGAAGCUGCUCAAGUCUGUAGCCAGCGUUGGAGAGGAGUUACUCGGCCAACAAACCACACCCAAUGGGGACAGUGAGGUGUCCGUGCCUGGUGGAGUGCUGCUGGAGAAUGAGACCUUGUCUCCUCUGGAGCAGUUGAGACAGAGAUGGGAAAACCUAAAUAAUGAUCAGAACACAAAGCUGCAGCUCUCCUUGAACUCCCUGGAGCAAGACCAGCUUAGUCCGGUCCUCCACCGGUCCCGUCUGUCCAGUCCCAGCGUGGUGUUCAGAGGUGAGGCUACCAGCCAGGACUCUUGCUCUCCUAGAGCUUCGUUUGAGGCCUGCAGCCAGACUUUAGAAAGAAUCACAGAGGAGGCAGCGGGCAGUGAGAGUAAGCUUGCAGCAUCUUUAGGGGGGGCAACAAUCCAGCAGGACCUGUAUGCUGCAGUAUCAGCUGCCUCGUCCUGGUUAGAUGCUGCUGAGAAUCAGCUGCUCGCUGGUCCUGUGCUGCUCUCUGAGGACACAGAGACACAGCUCACACAUUUGGAGGGUUUGAAUAAACAGCUAAAGGAGAUGACCAGAGAAGUGAAAAAUUGCAGAGAUCUGCUGGGUGGUGGAUUGGACAGGCUGUGUGGAGGUGAAGAGCGAGCUCUGAUGGAAGACACGCUAGAGGGCCUGCAGGAGAGGAUGGGCCUGCUGGACUCUGCAUUGGAACAGCACUGUGACGCCAUGAGGGACAGGCUGCAGGAACAUUCAGCUUUCCAGAAUGAACUGCGGUUGCUGUUCACAGCCCUGACUGAAAGCAAACACCAGUUGCUACAUAAGAUGGCCGGAACUGCAGACAGACCUGCAUCCAAACAGAUAGAGACAUUAUCAGAAGUGGAAGACAGCCUGAAGGAAUUUGAGCAGAAAGUUACUGAGCUGAAGACGAAAGCAGAGGGACUCCAAUCAGACUCGUCAUCCAAUCAGGAGCUACUCAAACUACAAGAUGCAUACGAGGAGUUGGUGCUUAUGGUGGGCUCCAGACGGAGUAGUUUGAACCAUGGUUUGUCUCUGAAGGCUCAGUAUGAAGCUGCACUGCACGACCUUAAUGACCUGGUGGACACCGCUCAGGACAAGAUGGCUGCUGACCAAAAGAUGACAGUGGCUUCAGUCAUAGAGGUUCAGAUGUUACUAGACAAACACAAAGAGUUUUUCCAGGGUCUGGAAUGCCAUAUGAUCCUCACCCAGACAUUUUUCAGUAAAGUGUCUGGUUUGGUGUCUCAGAGGGAAAGUCAAACCCUGGAAGAGACCAUGGCUUUAGCCCACAGUGUGCUCAAACAGGCCCACAGAAGAGGAGUGGAGCUGGAGGGGAUUCUGGAGUCAUGGAGCAGACUCGUGGAAGACUAUCAGGCUCUGUGCAGACAGCUGGAGGCGGUGGAGUGUAGCAUCCCCACUGUGGGUCUGGUAGAGGAGACGGAAGAGAGGCUAACCGAAAGGAUCAGCCUCUACCAGCGACUUAAAGCCAGCCUGACUGAGCACCAGCCCCAACUCUAUCAGGUACUAGAGGAGGGCAAGAAGCUUUUUCUGUCUGUUGGUUGCUCAGACUUGGAGAACCAGCUGACACAGCUGGGAGAGCACUGGCUCUCCUCCACCACUAAGGUCAACAAGGAGCUGCACCGCCUUGAUUCGACACUCAAACACUGGACCAGGUACCAGAGUGAGUCAGCAGAGCUGAGCCACUGGUUGCAGUCGGCUCUGGACAGACUGGAGUUCUGGACGACCCAGUCGGUGACCGUUCCUCAGGAGCUGGAGACUGUCAGAGACCACCUCUGUGCCUUCCUGGAGUUUUCCAAAGAGGUGGACGCUAAGUCGUCUUUGCGCUCGUCAGUGCUGAGUACAGGUAACCAGCUUCUGAGACUAAAAAGGGUGGACACGGCUGGCCUGAGGACAGCGCUGGGCCAAGUCGACACUCAGUGGGCUGAGCUGCUGACUCGUAUCCCUGUAGUACAAGAGAAGCUCCACCAGCUGCAGAUGGAGAAGUUAGCAUCACGGCAUGCCAUCACAGAGCUGAUGAGCUGGAUCUCGCUCAUGGAGAACAUCAUAGAGGAAGAUCAGGACAGGAUCAUGGCAGCUGUGGGCUCAGCGGUGGUACAGGACUACUUGCAGAAGUAUAAGGGCUUUCGUAUAGAUCUGACGUGUAAGCAGCUGACUGUGGACUUUGUAAACCAGUCAGUGCUGCAGAUCAGCAGUCAGGAUGUGGAGGGAAAGCGCAGUGACAAAACGGACUUUGCUGAGAAGCUAGGGGCUAUGAACAGAAGAUGGCAGAUACUGCAGGGGCUCAUUGCGGAAAAGAUUCAGCUUUUAGAAGGACUUGUGGAAGGUUGGUUGGAGCAUGAAAAUGGAGUUCAGGCACUGAAAACCUGGCUCACGGUACAGGAGGAGAAAUUGAAGAAGAGACAGAGGAUAGAGGAUGUAGCAUCGGUGCAGAGUGCACUCAAAGACUGUCAGGAGUUGGAAGAAUUAGUGAAGGAAAAAGAGAAGGAUCUAGAGAAAGCAGAGGAACGAGGAAAUGCUCUCAUCCAGGAUAAGAAAGGAGCAGCUUGCUGUGUUGUAAAGGAAACUCUUAAAGGACUAAACCAGUCCUGGGCUCAUUUGGACCACAUGAUAAGUCAGAUGAAAGUGAGCCUGCGGUCGGUGCUGGAGCAGUGGACAUUGUACCGGCGAGCUUCAGAGGAGAUAAAUGGCUACCUGAUGGAGGGGCGUUAUUCUGUGUCCAGGCUACGUCUCCUUAAUGGGUCUCUGGAGGCCGUGCAGCAGCAGGUGGAGAGUCUAGAGAGCCUUCAGGAGGAGAUGGAUAAACAGGAAAGUAGUUUGAGGAAGUUUGGCUCCAUAACUCACCAGCUGCUAACGGAGUGCCACCCGUCGGUGGCGGAAACGCUCAACAAAGCUCUCCGGGACGUCAACAUCAGGUGGAAUCUUCUGCUAGAGCAGAUCUCAGAGCAGCUAAGGACCAGUAAGUCCUUGCUCGGACUGUGGCAGCGCUACAGGUCACUGUACAGCCAGUGCGUGACUGCAGUCCACAAACAGGAAGAACGUGCUGAUCGACUUCUGAGGAGCGCCACUGACAGGGAGAUAACUGAAGAAGAAAGCAGUGCCUGGAUUAAGGACUGCAACGAUUGCCUUUGUGACCAAGACGCGGUGCAGCAGUCCCUCCAGCAGCUGCAAGCACUGGGGGAACAACUGAGGAGCCAAGUCGACUCCUCCUCAGCGGCAUCCCUUCAGUCCGACCAUUUGUCGCUCACGCAUCGCCUAGCAGCACUAGAGCACGCCCUGCACAGGCAACAGGAUGUAUUGCAGUCCGGAUCUGUGACGUGUGGGGUUUUCAGAGAGCAGCUAGACAAACUGAUCUGCAUGGCUGAGGAGGCUGAGGAAGUGUUGAAGGAGUCGGACCCAGUGGGUUCACCCGACCUUAAUGUGGUCCAGACGCGUAUAGAAAAACUCAAGGGUCACCUGUUGAAGCUGAGCAGUCUAUCUCCAGACUUGGAACGUGUUAACGAGAUGGUGUACAGAAUACCAGUCAGUGACAGAGACAUUAAACGGCUUCAAAGUCUCAACAGAGCCUGGGCCACUCACUCUGCUCACCUCACCGAGAGGUUCAGUAAACUGCAGUCGGUGUUGCUCCAGCAGCAGAGUUUCCUUGAGAAGUGUGAGGCCUGGAUGGAUUUCCUGACUCAGACUGAGAAGAAGCUAGGUGCCGAGAUCUCAGGCAACUACCAGAGUCUGCUGGAGCAACAGAGAGACCAUGAGUUGUUCCAGGCAGAAAUGUUCAGCAGACAGCAGAUUCUUUACUCCAUCAUAAGUGACGGGCAUCGUUUGUUGGACCAAGGACAAGUUGAUAAGAGUUACGACUUCAGUGUGAAAUUGGCUUUGCUGAGCAAUCAGUGGCAAGGUGUGGUGAGGCGGGCACAACAGCGGCGAGGCAUCAUCGAUAGUCUGGUUCGGCAGUGGCAGAACUACCGGGAGAUGGCAGAGAAGCUGCUCCGAUGGCUACAGGAAGUGACCCGUGAUCCAGAUGUGCAUCAGCCAGGAGAACCAGUGGCUCUGCAGCAGGCCAGAAACCUGCUAGGUCAGAUACAGCUGAGGGAGCGAGUGCUUCAGCGGCAGCAAGGAGGCUACAUCCUCACUGUAGAGGCCGGCAGGAGUCUGCUGCUGUCAGCGGACGCCAAGGCGGAGUCCACACUGCAGACUGAGCUGAUGGAGAUUCAGGAGAGGUGGAGGCAUGCCCACCAUCGCCUGGACCAGCAGAGGAGGCAGCUGCAGGGCUUACUGAAGAACUGGGAGCGAUGUGAGAAGGGCAUAGAUGUGUCUUUGGAGAAGCUGAGGGCCUUCAAGAGAAAGCUGUCUGUGCCUCUGCCUGACCACCAUGAGGAGCUGCACUCAGAGCAAAUCAGAUGCAAGGAGCUGGAGAGCAGCGUGGAGGGCUGGACCGAUGACCUUACUUCCUUAUUCCUGCUGAGAGACUCUUUGGAGGGCGUGGUGAGUGCUGAUGACAUCACAGUUCUACAAGAACGCCUCCAGCUGCUACAGCGCCAGUGGGAGGAGGUCUGCCACCAGCUUUCCCUGCGCAGGCAGCAGGUGAGCGAGAAGUUGAAUGAGUGGGCCGUGUUCAAUGAGAAGAAUAAGGAACUGUGUGAGUGGCUCACACAGAUGGAGAGCAAAGUCUCUCAGAAUGGGGACAUCAGUAUCGAUGAGAUGAUUGAAAAGCUGCGCAAGGACUACCAGGAGGAGAUCAGUGUCGCUCAGGAGAACAAGCAGCAGCUGCAGGUUAUGGGUGAGCGUCUGGCCAGAGCUAGCCAAGACAGCAAGGCGACGGAAAUCCAGCACAAACUCAACAAAGUCAGCGAGCGCUGGCAACACCUGCUGGAUCUCAUUGCAGCCAGGGUGAAGAAGCUGAGGGAAACCCUGGUGGCGGUACAGCAGUUGGAUAAAAACAUGAGCAGCCUUCGGUCAUGGCUCGCUCACAUUGAGACCGAGCUGUCCAAGCCCAUCGUCUACGACACCUGUGAUGACCAGGAGAUUCAGAGGAAGCUCAACCAACAGCAGGAGCUGCAAAGGGACAUAGAGAAACACAGCACAGGCGUGGCGUCGGUGUUGAACCUGUGCGAAGUCCUGCUGCACGACUGCGAUGCCUGCUCGACUGAGACGGAGUGCGACUCCAUCCAGCAGGCCACCAGAGGGCUGGACCGACGCUGGAGGAACAUCUGCGCCAUGUCCAUGGAGAGGAGGCUCAAGAUUGAAGAAACUUGGAGGUUGUGGCAGAAGUUCCUGGAUGAUUACGGCAGGUUUGAGGAUUGGCUCAAGACCUCAGAAAAAACAGCAGCCCUGCCUAAUUCCUCUGGAGUUCUCUAUACCGUCGCUAAAGAGGAGCUCAAGAAGUUUGAGGCUUUCCAGCGUCAGGUGCAGGAGUGCCUGACCCAGCUAGAGCUCAUCAACAAGCAGUAUCGUCGUCUGGCCCGGGAAAACCGCACAGACUCCUCCUGCCGUCUCAGGGAAAUGGUGCACGAUGGGAACAGGCGAUGGGACAACCUGCAGAAGAGGGUGGCUGCAGUCAUACGCAGGCUAAAGCACUUCAUCAGCCAGAGGGAGGAGUUUGAGACUGCACGUGACAGCAUCCUGGUGUGGCUGACUGAGAUGGACCUACAGCUCACCAACAUAGAGCACUUCUCCGAGUGUGACGUACAGGCCAAAAUCAAACAACUCAGGGCGUUUCAGCAGGAGAUCUACCUGAACACGGGGAAGAUCGAGCUGGUGUUCAGGCAGGGUGAUGCUCUGAUUGAGAAGAGUGAACCUCUGGAUGCAGCUGUCAUCGAGGAGGAGCUGGAGGAGCUGCAAAGAUACUGUCAGGAGGUCUUCGGACGAGUGGACAGAUACUACAAGAAACUCACGCGACUGCCUCUUGCAGACGACGAGCUCGACGGUUCAGACAGAGAGCUGGAUAUGGAGGAUGGAGGAGACCUCUCUGAAAUGCAGUGGAGCGACUCCUCUUUGCCCCGGACAUCAGCGCGUCCAGCCUCGGGCACCGUGGCUCUCGUCCGGGCCGACCGCUCAGGCAGAGACACCCCGGCCAGCGUGGACUCCAUCCCGUUAGAGUGGGACCACGACUACGAUCUGAGCAGAGACUUGGAGAGCCCCUCAGGACGAGGCAAUGGGGAAAGAAGCCAAGGGCAAGAGGACGAGGAUGAGUAUAUGAGGACGGCUGCCACGGCACUAUCAGAUGUAGUUAUCCCAGAGAGCCCAGAGGCCUAUAUAAAACUGACAGAGAAAACACUGAAAUCAUCCUCUGGUGAGCCAGGCCAGCUGGAGGCCAGUCUCAGGCAGCUGGACCAGGCUUUGGACGCAGGGCGGUAUCACCUCCAGCAGAGAGAAGCCACUGCCAACCGGGUCAGCCCCGAUGUGGACUCCACUUACAUGGGCUACAUGCGUCUGAUGGGAGAGUGUCGCAGCAGCAUAGACGCAGUGAAGAGAGCAGAAGGAGAGCUGACCGAAGAUGAGGAUGAGAUGCCGGGACUCACCAACCCUACCAACACAGACACACAGAGCGCCGGUGUGAUUGAGCGCUGGGAGCUGAUCGAGGCUCAGUCUCUAAGUGAGAAGCACAAACACAAACAGAACCUGCAGCAGUGGCAGCAGCUGAUCUCAGAUCUGCAGACCUUGAGGGCUUGGCUCGGUCACUCGGAGGCUGAACUCAGCCAACUGCGAGGCCUCGAUCUCAGCACUGACAUACACACCAUCCAGCAGAGAAUCAAGAAGCUCAAGGAGCUGCAGAAGGGGAUGGAUGCUCACAAGUCAGAGGUCCUGUCCAUCAACCUGAGCAGUGCUGACUUCCUCCAAUCAGAGCCCGACUCUGAGGAGGCGUGGGAACUGAGGGACAGGCUGAAGGAGAUGAAUUUGCGCUGGGACCGGCUCGGCGCCUCAUUGGAGGACUGGAGGGAGGAGCUGCAGAGGGCACUGUUGCAGUGCCAGGAGUUCCAUGAGAUGAGUCACGGUCUGCUUCUAUGGUUGGAGAACAUCGACCGCAGGAGGAACGAGGUGGUUCCCAUCCCCCAAAAAGCAAAUCGCGAAACGUUACGAGCUCAUCAUAAAACACUUAUGCAAAUCAAGUGUGAGCUGCUGGACUCGCAGCAGAAGGUGUCGUCCCUUCAGGAGCUGUCAGCUCAGCUGCUGGUCAACAUUAAACCUCAGACUCUGGCCCAGACCUCAGAGCGGACCCAGGCUCAGGGCAACGAGUGUCUGGAGGCCCAGGAGAAGGUUCACGUGAUCUGGAACAGGCUAAGGCUGCUCCAGAGGGAGGUCAACUCAGAUCUGGAGGGGCUGGAGAGGAGACUGGGGGCCAUGGAUGCAGAGCAGGAUUGCUCGCCGUUGCCUGUUAGCAGAUCUGCAGCACCUGGUUUAGAUGUGACCAGCCAGACCCGCAAACGAUUGCCCCGAGGCAAAAGUAGUCAGGCCCACCCAGGACACCCUGAGAGCAGCCCGCGCCACAGGUACCUCUCUCCUGGACUCUAGAAACUUGGGAUGAUGGUGGAACCAAACCUUUCCAACAAGCAUGAUUUUUAUUAACUCAGUUAGGCACAAUCACCUCGUCAAAGAUUUGGCAGAUUUAUCAUAUUAUUUCGAUUGCAGCGUUUGUGAUCCGCUGCUUUGAGGUUUAAACCCGGCGUUCCAUGAUCUUCCCUUAUUCUCGAGACCAUGUUGUUGGCUCUUAAACGAGAGGGGAAUCGCCUCCAUCAGGCCGCUCCCCUUCUCCUUUAAAUGUUUUUUUUCACUGCUUCUCUUUGCCCUGCUGCUUUUUGAAUGGCAUCAUGAAGUAUUGCCUUCACACAUUUUGCUUCUUCUGACUUUGUAUUAUGCUCCUCGCCCACUAGAUGGCACUCUCUGAGCCCCACUGUCCCCACCUACCCACCCACACCCCAGCGGUCAUGCCUUUAGCUCUGUUUUUCUUUUUUGUUUUCCUUCCUCUUUCAUUCCCUUCAUAGUUUUCCAACAGGAUAUGAUGCAUUAACUCCUGGUCUUCCUUCCACGUUAACUCCCAUUUUCUCCUCCGUUUCCUUUCCAGACCUCUUUAAACCCACCUCCUUUACACCACAUAGUCUCCAGAACUCCUGAACUAGACUUCCCAUGAGGGUUGUAGAGAAACUAAAUGUGCUUUUCCCCCUCACAGUUUCUUUAUGUUGUACAUUUGAGGUUUUCCAAGUAGAAAUUCAGCAGAGCAGAAGGUGUUGCCUGGCCAAAUAAUUUGAAGCACACAUGCGCAGCGUGCACAUGCCUCCUCACAGCUGCAUCACUGUACGAUGGAGGUCAAUGAAACUGGGAUGUCAGCAUGUCUGACCCUCGGUCUCCAUGAUGACAGGUCGCAGUAAGAACAUGCUGUUCUUCCCUUAGAGUUUUUGCUCUGUCAGUGGUAAUCUCCAGAGAGGAUUUUGGCAUUUCUCCUGCUUCUGUUUGGAAAGAUGUGUGGCAUUGAACUUUCACAUAGUGAGCUCUGAAGCCAGAAUCCUCCCCCCCCCAAAAAAACCCCAAAAAAACAAAACAAAACACACACACACACAGUGAUACGGUGAGACACAGUCCAUUAUCUGUGAAUGCUGUCUUAAACGUGCAAGUGGGUGCCUGUUUUGUGUGUUUGCGAAUGUCUACAUGAGUGUGACUCUUUUUGUAUCCUUUCUUAUUUUUUCGUUCAACAUAAUUUUGUUUUCAUGCUCUAAAUGUCAGAUUUACAAACUAUAAAAUGUAAAAAAAAAAACUGUGAAAAAUGCCCGCCACAGUUCCCCCGAUGUCUUCUCUAAAAGCCUUUCAACUAGCAACUAAAAGCUUAAA